CUUGCAGCUCCCGGAUCGUGACAGCUGAGGAGAGAGCGGCACGUGGAUGUGCCCUGCCUGCCGUCAGCGGCUCUUCAAUGAAGUGGGCUCCGAGGGCUCAGCGCCUCUGCUCAGCGCAGCUCCCGCCAGAGCCAGGAGCCCGGAGGUGCGGCUGCUGCCGGCUCUCAGCUCUCAGGAGAACCUGGACUCUCUCUCCCUUGCCUCUGGGCCCCCCGAGCCAUGCCAGCCAACCUCACCGAGGGCAGCGCCAACUCCAACGGGACCACGCGGACCCCGGAUUCUCACUCGGCCGGCUGCUUCCCCACAACUCCCACGGGAGAGAUGGCAGAAGAGGAGUGGGGCUCCUUCUACUCCUCCUUCAAGACUGAGCAGCUGAUAACGCUGUGGGUCCUCUUCGUUUUCACCAUCGUUGGCAACUCCAUGGUGCUGUUCUUCAUGUGGAGGCGGAAGAGGAAGUCAAGAAUGACCUUCUUUGUGACCCAGCUGGCCAUCACAGACUCUCUCACAGGACUGGUGAACAUCUUGACAGACAUUAUCUGGCGUUUCACUGGGGACUUCAUGGCGCCUGACCUGGUGUGCCGCGUGAUCCGCUACCUGCAGGUUGUGCUGCUCUACGCCUCCACCUACGUGCUGGUGUCCCUCAGCAUAGACAGAUACCACGCCAUCGUCCACCCCAUGAAGUUCCUGCAAGGAGAAAAGCAAGCCAAGGUGCUCAUCGCUACUGCCUGGGGCCUCUCCUUCCUGUUCUCCAUCCCCACCCUCAUCAUAUUUGGGAAGAGGAAGCUCUCCAACGGCGAGGUGCAGUGCUGGGCCCUGUGGCCUGAUGACUCCUACUGGACCCCGUACAUGACCGUUGUGGCCUUCCUGGUGUACUUCAUCCCUCUGGCCAUCAUCAGCGUCAUCUACGCCAUUGUGAUCCGAACCAUUUGGAGUAAAAGCAAAGCCCACGAGACGGUGAUUUCCAACUGCUCGGAUGGAAAGCUGUGCACCAGGUACAACCGAGAGCUCUUCUCAAAGGCAAAAAUCAAGGCCAUCAAAUACAGCAUGGUCAUCAUUCUUGCCUUCAUCUGCUGCUGGAGCCCGUACUUCCUCUUCGACAUGCUGGACAACUUCAGCCUCCUUCCCGACACCAAGCAGCGCUUCUACGCGUCUGUGAUCAUCCAGAACCUGCCGGCCCUGAACAGCGCCAUCAACCCCCUGGUCUACUUCGCCUUCAGCAGCAAUGUCUGCUUCCCCCACUGGGAGCAGAGAUCACGGGAUUCCAGAACCACCUGUCGGGAGAAGGUUGAGAGGCACGAAAUGCAGGCUGUGUCCAAGCCAGAAUUCAACUAGACCCCAGGGCUGUGGCAGGGCUGCACCCCACCAGCUCUCCUGGGUCCCCGUCAUUACCCGGGCACGUGCAUGGAGCCUGGGCUGAUUCCUGCGGCUUUCCUAGGCACGCUGUCUCCGCAAGCUCUUCUGCAUGUCGCUGGCUGCUAUUGUCUACCUAGCACCUCGGCCAGGAAGCGCUGGUGGGUUUAUUUUGACAAGUCUAGAGAUUGGUAUUUAUAAGCAUCAUCCAAGGGAAAUAUGACUAAAUGUUUUCUAGUCGACUUUUACCAUUGGAUUUUUCCAUAAGUGGAAAAGGAAGAAUUUAAUUUGAUAUUAUAUAUACAUCCCCGCCCACAGCUCUGGGACGCGCGUGAGCGUCUUAUUUUUAGCCUCUCAUAGAUUCUUGACAUUAAAAUCUCCUUGGCAGAAUCCUCCUUCCCAGAAUGACUCCGAGCUCAACUUUUUUACUUUUUUUCCCCCCUUCUGCUGGUGGAGUCAUUAACACGUGCAGUAUAUGUUAAUGGCGCUCCAUUCCUCAUUAUGGGGUGGACCCCGAGACAGCGUGUUUAAGGUCAUAGUGGCAUUUUUCCCAUGCAUUUCUCUUUUCAAUUCCAUGUGGCCUCGGGGAAAAUCUCUCUUUAGGCGGAAAUCAGAUUCCUCCAUCACUAUAUUCCUGAGAAUUAUUUUCUGAACCUGAACGCCGGAAUAACUUGUCUAAUAGAGAGUCUUGAAGGCCGCCUCCCUCCCCACUGACCUCCAUGUGAGCAGCCUGGGAAGCGCAGGAAGGCUGAGAAGUACUUUUUCAGGUUUCCCUUUUAAUCAAGAUGGGCCCUGAAAAACCCACGGAAUCGCUGCUCAGCUAGUCGCCUGCAUGUGCGCCAACGAACAGAGCAAACCCGGCCAGCGUCCUGGCUGGCAGAACGGGAGGCCUGGGGCCUCCUGACAGUUCUCCAUCUCUGCCAAGCUCAGGUCUGCCU